GUUCAUUACAGGGUCUCGUACAAGGGCAUUCUCCGCUUCUGCACAUCAGCAUGGAAGAAGCUCGUCAAGGGAGGAAAAUGCAACCUGGUCACGAUGAAGAAGCUGUUGUAGAUAUGGGCAAAAUCAGCUCUACUAUCAAUACCAAUUUUGAGAAGGAAGAACUAGAGAGCCACAGAGCUGUGUAUAUUGGAGUUCAUGUCCCACUUGGAAAACCAGGCCGUCGACGGCAUAGACAUCGUGGGCACAGGCAUCACAGAAGGAAAAAAGAAAAAGAAACUGACAGAGAGGAUGGCCGAGAAUCUCCAUCAUAUGACACACCAUCUCAACGGGUGCAGUUUAUCUUGGGUACUGAAGAUGACGAUGAACACAUUCCUCAUGAUCUCUUCACUGAAAUGGAUGAACUUUACUUCAGGGAUGGAGAAGAAUAUGAAUGGAGAGAAACGGCUAGGUGGCUGAAAUUUGAAGAGGAUGUUGAAGAUGGCGGUGAUCGAUGGAGCAAGCCUUAUGUAGCAACUCUGUCUCUGCACAGUCUCUUUGAACUGCGAAGCUGUAUUCUAAAUGGGACGGUCAUGUUGGACAUGAGAGCAAACACACUUGAUGAGAUAGCAGAUAUGGUUUUGGACAACAUGAUUGCCUCUGGCCAGCUGGAUGAAUCCAUACGAGAGAAUGUGAGAGAGGCUCUCCUAAAAAGGCACCAUCAUCAGAAUGAGAAAAAAUUCAGCAGUCGGAUUCCUCUGGUUCGGUCUUUCGCAGAUAUAGGCAAGAAACAUUCUGACCCUCACUUGCUUGAACGAAAUGGGGAAGGCCUUUCAGCCUCCCGCCACUCUUUGCGAACAGGUCUCUCUGCCUCAAAUAUUUCCCUGAGAAGAGAAAGCCGUUUGUCAGUUCUUCUCAGUUACCUUCUUCCUUCUUCAAGAGCUGGAACCCCGGCAGCCUCGAGGUGUACAACACCUGUAACUACCCCUCAAAACACACCACCCUCCAGUCCUACGUGCAGUCUCCUGCCAACCACAAGUGCCCAGCCAAGUCCACUUCAGGGCAAGGAAUUGCUGGUGUCACCUGCCAGUGAUGACAUUCCCUCAGUAGUAAUUCAUCCACCUGAGGAGGACUUAGAGUUGCAGGAAAGCCAGGAAAAGAAGACAGAGGAAAAUAUUGGCAAAACACCAGGGCUAUUAGCAUCUCCACAGUCAGCACCUGGAAACUUAGACACUGGGAAAAGUGGAGAUGUUAAAGGUACUGGGACAGGAGGAAGCAGAGAAAACAGCACCGUUGAUUUUAGUAAGGUUGAUAUGAACUUCAUGAGGAAAAUUCCUUCAGGAGCAGAAGCAUCAAAUGUGUUAGUGGGAGAAGUAGAUUUUUUAGAAAGACCCAUUAUUGCUUUUGUGAGGCUCUCCCCUGCUGUGCUCCUCUCGGGUCUCACAGAGGUUCCAGUUCCUACACGGUUUUUGUUUUUAUUACUGGGACCAGUAGGAAAAGCUCCACAGUACCAUGAAAUUGGAAGAUCAAUAGCAACACUUAUGACAGAUGAUGUUUUCCAUGAUGUUGCCUAUAAAGCAAAAGACCGAAAUGAUUUGUUGUCAGGAAUUGAUGAAUUUUUAGACCAAGUGACAGUCCUGCCUCCAGGAGAGUGGGAUCCUUCUAUACGAAUUGAGCCGCCAAAAAGUGUUCCUUCCCAGGAGAAAAGGAAGGCACCUAAAUUUCCAAAUGGAUCUACUCCUACAGGAGAGACUCUCAAAGAAGAAGGCCAUCAUGCUGGACCUGAACUUCAGAGAACUGGAAGGCUUUUUGGUGGUUUGAUACUUGACAUCCAAAGGAAAGCACCUUUUUUCUUGAGUGACUUCAAGGAUGCAUUAAGCCUGCAGUGCCUGGCCUCGAUUCUUUUCCUAUACUGUGCCUGUAUGUCUCCUGUAAUCACUUUUGGAGGGCUCCUGGGAGAAGCUACACAAGGCAGAAUAAGUGCAAUAGAGUCUCUCUUUGGAGCCUCAUUAACUGGGAUUGCCUAUUCUCUCUUUGCGGGGCAACCUCUUACUAUCUUGGGAAGCACCGGACCAGUUCUAGUAUUUGAAAAAAUAUUAUUUAAAUUUUGCAGGGAUUACGAUCUUUCCUACCUCUCCCUGCGAACUAGCAUUGGUCUGUGGACUGCAUUUCUAUGCAUUGUGCUUGUAGCCACUGAUGCCAGCAGCCUUGUGUGCUACAUCACUCGUUUUACUGAGGAAGCUUUUGCUGCCCUUAUAUGCAUCAUAUUUAUCUAUGAGGCACUGGAAAAGCUUUUUCAUUUGGGAGAAGUAUAUGCCUUCAAUAUGCACAAUGAUUUGAAUAAACUGACUUUAUAUUCAUGUGUGUGUUCUGAGCCUGAGAAACCAAGCAAUGAAACAUUGCGUGUGUGGAGGAGUAUGAAUAAGUCUGGGGAAGAUAUAGCAUGGAGCAACCUUACAGUUUCUGAAUGUUUAAAAUUUCAUGGUGUGUUUCGUGGAUCAGCUUGUGGCCAUCACGGACCAUAUAUUCCAGAUGUUCUCUUCUGGUCUGUCAUACUAUUCUUUACAACAUUUUUCCUCUCCUCUUUCCUUAAGAAAUUCAAGACUAAACGCUAUUUCCCAACUAAGGUGCGUUCUACCAUCAGUGACUUUGCAGUAUUUCUGACCAUAGUAAUCAUGGUUUUGAUUGACUAUUUUAUAGGAAUACCUUCUCCUAAGCUCCAUGUUCCAGAGAAAUUUGAACCCACCCGAAAAGACCGAGGAUGGUUCAUAGAUCCUCUUGGAAGCAACCCUUGGUGGACACUCUUAGUUGCUGCUGUUCCUGCUUUACUCUGUACUAUUCUCAUUUUCAUGGAUCAACAAAUAACAGCUGUUAUUAUAAACAGGAAAGAGCAUAAACUGAAGAAAGGCUGUGGUUAUCAUCUUGAUCUGCUGAUGGUUGGUGUUAUGUUGGGGAUAUGUUCUCUCAUGGGUUUACCAUGGUUUGUUGCUGCAACUGUCCUGUCUAUAAGUCACGUUAACAGCCUGAAAGUUGAAUCUCAGUGCUCAGCACCAGGAGAACAACCAAAGUUUUUGGGAAUCCGGGAGCAGCGAGUGACAGGAUUGAUGAUUUUUGUGCUGAUGGGGAUGUCAGUGUUCAUGACCUCUGUGUUAAAGUUUAUUCCAAUGCCAGUUUUGUAUGGUGUAUUUCUUUACAUGGGAGUAUCUUCAUUAAAAGGCAUUCAGUUUUUUGACCGUAUAAAACUGUUUGGAAUGCCUGCCAAACAUCAACCUGACUUGAUUUAUCUACGUUAUGUGCCACUCUGGAAGGUUCAUAUCUUUACAGUCAUUCAACUCACUUGUCUAGUUCUGUUGUGGGUGAUUAAAGCCUCUGCAGCUGCUGUUGUUUUCCCUAUGAUGGUUCUAGCUUUAGUGUUUAUUCGCAAGCUCAUGGAUUUAUGUUUCACCAAAAGAGAGCUUAGUUGGCUUGAUGAUCUUAUGCCAGAAAGUAAAAAGAAGAAAGAAGAUGACAAAAAGAUAAAAGAGAAAGAAGAAGCAGAGAGAAUGCUUUCAGACAAUGAAAGCGUACACCUUGCAUAUGGAGAAGCAAGUUUGAAUUUUCCUGUAAAAACGCUGAAAUGCAGCAUUGAUCCCUCAGUUGUAAACAUAUCAGACGAAAUGGCCAAAACUGCACAGUGGAAGGCUCUUUCCAUGAGUACUGAGAAUGCCAAAGUAACCAGAGCUAACCUGAGCCCUGAAAAACCAGAAAGUGUGAAAAUAGAAGUGGAAAAAUCACCUGUUGUGAAAUAUGUGGAUGCUGAAACAUCUUUAUAGAACGGAACCAAGAGGAAUUACAGUUUAAAGAAAGGAAGUUGUAGUGUACAGCAGUAUGAAUAAUGGUAUCCAAACUGUCAUAACAAAGGCUCAGGUCAGUGGCAAAGCAAGUGAGGCCUGCAUUAGCAGUUUGACCAAUACUGUGUAAUGACCGGUGUUCUUAGAUAGUAGUGUAGCUUGUGCCUUAGUUUGAGUUUGUGCUCUUUUAGAAAAUAACCCAUGUUUUCCCUCUGAUCAAACUGAGAUACAGUGAAACUACAGCAGAUGGUUUCCCAAAACUUUCUACAUUAUUUAAAAGAAUAAAAAGCACAUAUCUGCAUGUCAGUUGUUGACUACUAAGUAGCUCUUGCUGAAUCGAAGAGAGAAGAUAUUUUGAGCAUUUUAGGUAACAUCGUCCACAACACAUUACUUUUGUUCUAGUCCUCCCAGUAGUAUUUUACACUUAAUGUUCAGAGUCCUGCAACAGUUUCCAAAGACACAAAAAAUUACUAUAAGCCUCUUGGAUUUCUAACUCUUUAAUGCUGGAAAUCAGGGUUCUGUGGUGCUGCACACCUUGUAUCUGGCUUCUACUUUGGGAAGGUUUUAAGUUUAGGUCAAUAUUACAGGAAGUGGAUAUAUUUCUAGUAAAGUAGAAAGGAAACAAAACCAAAGCCCACAAGUCUAAUCACAGUAUUUAUUUAUUGUGUAGAUAUUUUAAUCAGUGCCAGAAAGACCAUAACUUGGCAAACCAGUUUACAGUAAUCUUUAGUUCCAGUAUUCCUAGGCAGUAGUAGCACGUUAUACUUGCACUUUUUCCCCAUAUGAACAGGAGAAGAUCUGGUAUUAAGUGCAUAAAUCUCUAUUGAUAAUCCAUGGUUAAGUGAUUCGCUGCUCAUUUUACACCUUCUCUGCUUUAAAAUCACGCAUGGUAUUAAAAUGAAAUGGCUAAGGAUGUAGUUUCUAUUUUAGAUAUACAUUUUGCCUUAAUGGAUGCAAAAGAGCAGUGAUAAUUGCUGUGCACUGAUUUUUUUCAUAGGGUUUAAACCCUGUAAAAACUACACCAAUGUAUUUCCAUUCCAACAGUCAGAGAAAAAUAAACAACCCUGCACUUUUUUUAGAUGCCUUGGUUUCCUGGAAUGGAGCUUAGUGCUACUGUGUACCUGGCUGCAGAGCCACCUCAGGAAGUCCCCCUUUUUUUUUUCCCCCCUUCUUCUUUUUUCAUUUUUUUCUUUUCUUUUUUUUCUAAUUUAUUUAAAAAUAUGAAUGUUUACAUGAAGUGUAGGUCUUAAUUUUGACCACUCCAUUUAAAUUAUCAUCUAAAAUGUAUCACUUAAAAUGCAGUUUCAUGUUUAAAUUAUAUUCUAGACAAGUCAUUCUUACUGUUUUCAUAUGUGUUACAGUGACAUGUUUCUCAUUCUGUUUACAUAUGCCCAAGUUAAUGACAGUUUCUUCCUAGAUUAAUUUUGCAGUUAUAACAUAAUAUUUUAAAAAUUUUUCCGUGAAAUGUUCCAAAUUGCCAAGUUUGUCAUCAUAAAAACUUUUAGGGUAGAAUUUGGUGCCCUAAUGGUGUUUUUUUCCAACCAAGUAUCUUGGCCAUUUUUUCCACAUUUAAUGAACGUUCUCCCAUAAGUUAUCAUUUGUUUCAUUCACUUGCAUCUCUGUCUGUAUACAGUAACUUCCUAAAGGCAGGUUCGACAGGCUGUAGAAUAUAUCUGUAACAAAUAGUUGUCACAUCACAGAGCCUGCACCAUUCUAAAGGGUUUGUCUUGUACAUAUGUUCUGUAAAUCAUAAGGUAAAUGGUUCAUGACUUUCAGUUCACAAAUUUAGUCUGUCAGAUGAGCACCACAGUGAGCUUAGUUUUCUUUUUGCUUUUUUAUGAUUAGUAAUGUUUUAAUUACUCAUCUAGGACAAAAUUAUCAAGUACAGUACAAAUGUGUGAAAUAUUUUCUUUAUACCAACAGUAAUUUAUUUUAUGGCAAAUUUUAAGACUAUAGAGACACACAGCUUUGAGUCAGCAUAAAUGUAGUGCUAUAAAUAAAGCAAAUUGCUCAGUAAGUUUAAGUCGAUUUUAUUUUAUAAUGUUUUUAGUGAAAACCUCUAGAACUUUGUAGUUGGCAUUGAAGUUAACCUAAAGACACUUUCAUAUUGAAUUUAGUAUCUGUUGACAUUUAUUUGGAAUAAUGAAUAAGUUUGAAAAUGGAUACUUUUCUAAAUUAUUUUAUUGGAGAGACACAUCAUUUAUAGUAUUUUCUUUUCUAUCGUUGCUGAUGGUCCUGUGCAAAAGUGUCUUCCAGGUUCGGCUUCUGCAGCUGAACUGAGGUUUUGAUUUUAAUACUCUUUAUUUGAAAUGUGAUUACAUACUGUACGGUUUGAAUUUUUUACAACUGCUUUUCUAAUUACAGUGACGUUUUCUUACUUUAUAACCAAAUCCAAAGCAAACGAAAACAUUAUUCCAGCUGUAGAAUCAAAAUUCAGUUUAUACAGAAAACACAACUCUCAGACUUGUCUUUAAUGUGAAAGAUUCAGCCUUUGUGUUAAUUACUGCUAGAAUAAAAUUAUCUUUUGUAACAUUUCAGAAAGUUGGUAAAAGCAAUAAAAAAAUCUCCUGGACUCUA